CCUUUUCUUCAACUGUACUUGCAAAUGAGCGGACGCCAGCCAAUGCCAGACCCGUCGUUCAUGCCGCCACCGCCAGCAAUGGGCAUGCCGCAGGGCUAUAUGGGCAUGCCGAUGGGGAUUCCGCCGCCGCCGCAGGCCCUGGCCGCCAUGGGCUACAAUGUCGGACCGAUCGCGCGCAUGCGGCACCCGAACCGGCCGCCCUGCCUGAAGCCCAACAAGACCCUGUAUCUGGUAGCUGCCCUGCGUGCGCUGUUCGCCUCUUACGGGGAGCUCCUGGACGUGCGCGCCCGGCACAGCGUGCGGAUGCGCGGCCAGGCCUUCAUUACAUUCAAAAGCGAAGCCGACGCGGUGCGCGCGCACCGCGAAGUCCAGGGCUUUCGUGCUUUUGCGCGCUCCCCCGCCGAUGCCUCGGUCAAGGACGAGGGCGGCGAUCUGGACGCCCACAUAAAGUCCCGGCUGCCGAACAAGAUCCUGUUCCUGGAGAACCUACCCCAGGGCAUUCGGCCCGAGGAGAUUGAGCAGGUGUUCCAGAUCUACCCGGGCUUUGUCGAGGUCCGCUGGGUGUCGGUCAAGCCCGAUGUGGCCUUUGUCGAGUACACGAGCGAUGACGACCUGAAGUCGGAGUGGACACGGAAUGAGGGCGAAGCACCAGUCGCCAUUUCCUACGCAAAGCACUGAGGAUAAGCGAGUUUAAUAUAUUUUUCUUCACUAUUUG